AUGAGUGGGAGGAUACUCUCCCACCGACUUGUUCCGCUUGUGCGGGCUGGCCUGGCACGCCAUCUUCAUAAUGCAGGUGCCCGAACGGGGGGUCUGUUGCGUGCUGAUGGUGGUGCCGCCUUGAGGGGACGCGCCUGGCCCAUCGGCUCAAAUGGGAUUCACAAUAACGUCAUUGCUGUUCGAUCAUUUUCAUUCACACGCAUGUUGCCAAAGCUGGCCCUCAAGCUUGUCCGUCUGCCGGCUAUGUUUGGAGGGGCGACGAUUGCGGGAGUCGCAUAUUUACAAUAUCAAGCAACCCAGGCUGGAAACUAUGCAGUGGAUAUGCUAAAAGUAUUCGGGGAAACGGCGGGCAAUACAGCAUCGGGUCUCUUCCAGGGUCUUCAGGAUGUGGCGGAACAAACACAGCGUGGAUGGGAGAAGACAACAGAGGAUGUGGAACUUCCUGAAUGGCUGCAGAAGAUUCUGCGACUUGAUGAAGAAUCUAAAUCUCAGAAAGAGGGUCCUAGCGGAGGAGGAAAGGAGCCAAAGGAAGGUCGGGCAGUGGGAGCUGCUGCUGCGACUGGUGCCGCCUUUGGCUACGAUCAGUCGAGCGAGGAGGACUCUCGGCCUGAAAAGGAAAUUGCAGACGAUGACCAGAUGAUGGUUCUUACUCGCAAAAUGAUCGAGAUUCGAAACAUCCUUCAAUCCGUUGGCCAGUCUGGAACGUUGACGCUGCCUUCCAUCGUGGUAAUCGGAUCCCAGUCAUCGGGCAAGAGUUCAGUAUUGGAAGCCAUUGUCGGGCAUGAGUUUUUGCCAAAGGGCUCAAACAUGGUCACACGUCGUCCGAUUGAACUCACCCUGGUCAACACCCCGAACGCCCAGGCUGAAUAUGGUGAAUUCCCUGCUCUGGGUCUCGGCAAGAUCACAGACUUCUCUUCGAUUCAGCGCACCUUGACCGACUUGAACCUUGCCGUCCCGGAAAAAGACUGUGUCUCGGACGACCCUAUUCAAUUGACGAUCUAUUCGCCGAAUGUUCCCGACCUCUCCAUGAUUGAUCUCCCGGGUUAUAUUCAAGUGGCAGGCCACGAUCAGCCCCCGGAGCUAAAGCAGAAGAUUGCCGAUCUAUGCGACAAAUACAUCCAAGCUCCCAACAUCAUUCUGGCUAUCUCGGCGGCUGAUGUGGAUUUGGCAAAUUCGACAGCGCUGCGCUCCAGUCGGCGCGUGGAUCCCCGCGGUGAGCGAACUAUCGGUGUUAUUACGAAGAUGGAUCUCGUUGAUCCUGAGCGAGGCCAGGAUGUUCUCACCGACAAGAAGUACCCUCUGCGAUUGGGAUACGUGGGUGUCGUUAGCCGAAUUCCUCAGACAAAUGCCCUCUUCUCCCGGGGCUCUGGAAACAUCACUAGCGCCAUUCUAAAGAACGAGAAUGCUUACUUCUCGGCCCAUCCGUCCGAAUUUGGGCCUCACUCAGAUACUUCUGUCGGCGUCACGACUUUGAGGAAGAAAUUGAUGUAUGUUCUUGAGCAGACCAUGGCCUCGAGCCUCUCGGGAACUAGAGAUGCCAUCAGCCAGGAGCUUGAGGAAGCCACAUAUGAGUUCAAGGUGCAAUACAACGACCGGCCCUUGAGUGCAGAGUCAUACCUCGCCGAGAGCUUGGAUAGCUUCAAGCAUUCAUUCAAGGCUUUUGCCGAGGCUUUUGGUCGACCGCAAGUCCGCGAGAUGCUAAAGGCCGAACUGGACCAGCGGGUCAUGGAUAUUCUAGCCCAGCGGUAUUGGAACAAGCCCGUUGAGGACCUGACUCCAAGACAACCAGAAUUGGACCCGCUCAAGGAUCUACCCAAAGCCGAUCCAGAGUCGCUGUACUGGCACCGGAAACUUGAUGCUUCCAGUUCCUCUUUGACGAAGCUCGGUAUUGGCAGACUUGCCACUACUGUAGUCGCCAGUGCCCUCCAGAACCAUGUGGACCAGCUCCUUGCCACUUCGACGUUCGCCUCCCAUCCAGGAGCGCACAAGCAGAUCACAGAUGCUUGUAACAGCAUUCUGAAUGACCGUUUCUUCAGCACCAGUGACCAAGUUGAGAACUGCAUCAAGCCAUAUAAGUUUGAGAUAGAGGUUGAGGACUCGGAGUGGGCCAAGGGUAGGGAAAACGUGAGCAAGGUGCUGAAGGAAGAACUUCGCGCUUGCGAGUCAGCUACGAAGCAUAUGGAGGAUCAACUUGGAAAGCGCAAGCUGAAGGACGUGAUGACAUUCAUUGACAAGGUCCUCAAGGGCGAUGUGGUACUUGAGGGCAAUGGUGUCGGCGGCGCUGGUGGCUUCAGUGCUGACCUGCUGGAAAGGGGUCGACAGGGUAUCUUCCUCCGUGAUCGAGCCGAUCUUAUCAAAAUGAGACUCCUGGCUGUUCGAUCGAAGCAAUGCGCCACGCAAAAGAACAAAUACUACUGCCCAGAGGUCUUCCUCGAUGUUGUCGCCGACAAACUUACCUCAACGGCAGUCUUGUUCCUCAAUGUGGAACUUCUCUCCGAAUUUUACUACAACUUCCCCCGUGAGCUCGACGCACGACUUGGCCGACACCUCUCCGAUGCCGAGAUUGAGCGCUUUGCUCGCGAAGACCCGCGCGUCCGUCGUCACCUCGACAUUAUCCGCAAGAAAGAGCUUCUCGAGUUGGCUCUGCAAAAAAUCGAGGGCAUCCGCCAGCUGGACGGUCGCCGGAAAGCGGAUCGUGCGCAGGCCGCAAAGGAUACUCGCAGUCGCUGGAACAUCUUCUGA